AUAGACGGGGGGAGUUCUCGUCUCUCUCGUUUUCUGCGCCCAGGAAUUAGGGGCCGAAGACGAAGCUUGACAUAUUUUGAAGUUCGCGAGUGUAAAAGAAAAUGUACGAGGAAUUCAGGUGGCACAUCGAUGGGGCACACUGAAACCUCAUUAAUUAGAAAAAAAUCAUGCGAAUCUCUUGGACGAGAAAUGCGAACAUCGUAAACGACCGGGGGAUUAUUGUCGUUUAAAAGUGCGAGAGUUCAAGUUUCGCUUUAUCGAUGCAAAAUGGCUUCGGGCGACAAUGUAGACGUGAUCGAAGUGGUCGAGACAAGUUUCACAGGCCCAGCCCAGGGUGGUGAAGACCAUCUACGACCGCAAGAUUCCGUGGAGGAAGACAAUAAAUCAGUGGGUGAAAAAGUUUCAGCCUUUGACAGCUCAACAGUGCAACAUGGCAGUGCAGGUCCGAAAACUCCAGUUGGAGUGUCAAGAAAUAAAUCGGAGCGAGAGAAAAAGAUUGGCCACAGAAGGGUGGGAGUUGGGGGUGAAAUUACAUACAAAAAGAUCCAAAGUACACAAAUUAUGGGAUCUAUUCAAUUGGGUAUACAACAUGCAGUCGGUGGUCUCGCAAGUAAACCUGAACGCGAUUUGCUCAUGCAGGAUUUUAUGACUGUUGAAACUACAAAUUUUCCUAGCGAAGGUUCAAAUCACACUCCAGCUCAUCACUUCUCGGAAUUUAAAUUCAAGAAUUACGCACCUAUUGCAUUUCGUUAUUUUAGAGAUCUGUUUGGCAUCCAACCAGAUGAUUUUUUGAUGUCGAUGUGCAGUGCACCACUGCGUGAAUUAUCGAAUCCUGGAGCCAGUGGAAGUAUUUUUUAUUUGACAGAAGAUGAUGAAUUUAUCAUCAAGACUGUUCAACACAAAGAAGGUGAAUUUCUGCAAACUCUGUUACCUGGAUAUUACAUGAAUUUAAACCAAAAUCCAAGGACGUUAUUGCCAAAGUUUUUUGGAUUGUAUUGUUAUCGUUGCAACAGUAAAAAUAUAAGACUCGUUGCUAUGAACAAUCUUCUGCCCUCAGCCGUUAAACUUCACCAAAAAUAUGACUUAAAAGGCUCAACUUACAAGAGAAAAGCCUCGCGAUCUGAAAGAGCAAAGUCUUCGCCUACUUAUAAGGAUUUAGAUUUUAUGGAACAUCAUGCGGAGGGAAUUUUUCUAGAGGCCGAUACGUACAGUGCUCUAGUCAAAACAAUUCAACGAGACUGUCGUGUACUUGAGAGUUUCAAAAUCAUGGACUAUUCACUUCUAGUCGGAAUUCAUAAUCUCGAUCAAGCUGCAAGAGAAAAAGUCGAGGAGCAACGAUUAUCAGCCAGCGCAGAAGAAGAUGCGGGAGAGUAUGUCUGUGAUAGUGGUGGAUUUUUACAAGCGGAGAGACGCGAUAGGGAUGACAGGACAGGAGCCGCUGCUCUCAAUAGAUCACGCAGUAUAAAUCGACAAAGACUCGUUGCUCACAGCACUGCAAUGGAAAGUAUUCAAGCUGAAAGCGAACCCAUCGAUGAAGAAGACGAUGUUCCUCCUGGUGGUAUUCCUGCACGGAAUGCGCGCGGAGAACGUCUUCUUCUCUUUGUGGGUAUCAUUGACAUUCUUCAGAGUUACCGGCUCAAAAAGAAACUCGAACACACGUGGAAAUCAAUGAUACACGAUGGUGAUACGGUUUCUGUGCAUAGACCAGGCUUUUAUGCUAAGCGCUUCCAGGACUUUAUGGCAGAAACAGUCUUCAAGAAAAUUCCCUCACUGGACCUGCCUGAGAUAAAGGGGAAUCAUCGCAAAUUCCGUAACCUCGUCACCAGCUACAUAGCAUUGAAACAUUCUCCAUCAAAAAGGAAAAGCAUUUCAAGACCUCUGAGGCCACUGGAAGUUGAUUUCGACUCGACGGUGGUGGCGGCAACUGGAAAUUCAACAAUGCAUGCUACAUCACCCACAAAACCUGUAACAAGUCCCUCGGAGCCGAUGAUUUCUGGUAGUGGUGGUGGUUCUACGAUAUCAAACAACUCAGUCCCAAUUGCCACCUCAACACCCGUGAACGUCUCCUCGGGUCCAAUAAGUCCUCCGCCAUUGACGUCCGCCACCGAAUCAACAAUAAAGGCCAGUUAUCCGGCAGUAUUGAAGGGCAGAACAGCCGCAAGUCCUCCGAAUCCAAAUAUUGUGCCCUCCGGUAAAGUACCACCUCCAGUGCCUCCUCGAGGAAGUGCUCGUGCAAGGACCGAUGCCUCAUCAUCAUCAACAGCAGCAACAACAACAACAACAACGACGACGACGACUUCCGGCCGAGGUGGCACCCUUCCUUCCGCCUGUUCCACCCCGCCCCCGCCUUUUGACGACGCAGUACAUUCGAACGACCAAACUUUGGCUUCCGGUGGUCACCAUCAUCAUCAUCAUCAUCUUCAUCAUGUUCAAGAAGGCACUCCUGGUGCUUCUAUUCUCACGAGCAGUUCUCAUUCCAAACAAAAUAAAGUCGUCCAUCAUGUUACUCUUAGCAAACAAUACCAUGACACUGUUAGUAUAUCAGACGUUCAUCUAGAAAAUAGCGGUAGUGGAAGCGGAAGUGGCGGUAGGGAAACAAAAUCGUCAUUGAGCGUUGAAAGUGGAGGAAGUAGUCGUGGCGGUGGCGGUUUAACUUGGACCCCUCCGGCCGGAAGUGCUGAAGGAUCGACGCCUACCUGGACGGAAGGCACGCCGUCUUUUACCGAAAGCUCCAGUAGUGGAGAUAUAGGUUGCCCGACGACGCCGAUUAGAAGCAGUCAAAGAAGUGGAGAUAAAAGUGGAAGAAUUACCGCAACCAUGGAAGAAGCUCUUGCCAGUCUCACUACUGAAAUGAGACGGGACACCUAUAGUUUUGAACAGAUAGAUUAUCAGUUGGAUCGCACAUCCAAUCGAGUGUCACAACGUUUCAUCAGAAGUGAAUCGAAGCGAUCAAGUUUGAAGCACGUUGCAAUUGUGACUGCAGUACAACGUGCACUAAAUCUACGGCAUCGAAGACCAUGACUACAAGAAUCCUCUGAUGAUGAUAAAGACUAUAAAUAAUUAUUUGAAUCUCUCCAAGGACAAAUUUUUUUUUUUAAUAAUUUAUUUAGAAAUGUCCUGUAUUUAUUCAAAAGGAAAAAAAGUGUUUUACAGAAAGGAAAAAAAUUUUAUCGAAAAAAAACUAAUUUUAUAAUUUAUAGUGAAGUCGUGAAGUAAAAAAAAAUGAUCACUUUGAUAGGAGUUGAUAGGAGAGGAAAAUGAAAAUAAGAUAAUUUUUAGGAAUUAAUUCAAAACUGAUUGUUUUAUAUUUAGAUUUUUAUAUUAUAUAGAAAUUUGCGUUGUGUAUAAAAAAAUGAAAAAUACUUGUUAUAUUAAUUGUAAUUAUAAGUGUUGUACUUAUUUUUUUAAACAGUAGUUUUUCGGUGUGAAUUUAUUUUCAAUAUUGAGAAAAAGUCUUCUUUGAAUCGAAUGAAUUUUUUCCUCUACUAUUGUUAUUCAAGAAACUUUGAUUUUUUAUUUCUUCGUUGAAUAAAACAAGUAAAUUUUUUUAUUUUCAAAGAAAUUUAGGAAAAUUACUUUAGAAAAUAAUUUUUUAAACAAAAGGAAUAUAAAUAGUUAAUUAAAGAAACCAGAAAAGUUGACAUUGAUUUUUAAUUC